AUGACGCGCCGGCCUUCCUCGCACUCGCGCGACGAGCCUGGGCAGGACGCAAGCGCUCCGGCGGUGUCGGGCGCGCCCGGCGUGGCCGCCGGCGGUGCGCGCAGCGCGCCGUACCCGGGGGGUGCCUCGGACGGCGGCCCGCCACCGAGCGGCUCCGUCUCGUACGAGCGCCACACCGCGGACAUGGCGCGCGCGCUGGUCGCCUUUCUCGCGCCGUUCUCGCCGACCGACGACGAGUACCGCCAGAAAGAGGCGACGCGGCGGCAGCUGCAGGAGCUGGCGCGGCAGAUCCACCCGGCGGCCCGGCUCCUCGCGUUCGGGAGCAUGGCGAAUGGCUUUGCGCUGCGAUACUCGGACAUGGACCUGUGCUGCCUCAUCCCGCCGGACGCCGAGGGCCGCACCGCCUCGCAGCUCGUCGAGGAGCUCGGCGCGCUCGUCCGGCGCGAGACGGACUUUUCGGUGCUGUCGCUGCCCCAUGCGCGCAUCCCCAUCAUCAAGAUCCGGCGCGCGCCCACGCACGACGUGCCGUACGAGAUCGCGUGCGACGUCGGCUUCAACAACGAGGUCGCCCUCGAGAACACGCACCUGCUGCUCACGUACGCGCGCCUCGACCCGCCGCGGCUCCGGCCGCUCGUGCUCUUCCUCAAGGUGUGGGCGAAGCGGCGGAAACUCAACUCGCCGUUCACCGGCACGCUCUCGUCGUACGGGUACACGCUGCUCGUGCUCUUCUUCCUCAUGCACGUCAAGCAGCCGGCGGUGCUGCCGAACCUGCAGCGCUGGCCGUCCGAUACGCCCCUCGCCCGCGAGGACGUCAUGCUCGGCGGGCACAAUGUGUACUUUUACGACAACAUGGACGCGCUAGCGCACGCAUGGCACUCGGCCAACGCCGAGUCGGUCGGCGAGCUCCUGCUCGACUUUUUCCGCUACUUUUCGCGCGACUUUCACUACGCGCGCGACGCGAUAUCCAUGCGCACCGAGGGCGGUCUCGUCGCCAAGGAGACGCACGGCUGGUCCGCCGACUUUUUGUGCAUCGAGGACCCGUUCCAGCGCGGAUACAACGUGGCGCGCACCGUCACCAAGGACGGCCUCUACACGAUCCGCGGCGAGUUUAUGCGCGCGAGCCGCCUGCUCGCGAACCGCAGCGUGCGCGCGCCCCAGCUGCUCGCCGACCUGUGUGCGGAGCGCGAGGACGAGCUCACGCGCGCGCCGGACUCCGCGGCCCAGCGGCACCACCACGGCCGCUCGCGCUCGCUGCACCGCACGGCCUCGGCGACGCCAGAGAUGCCGCCGCUCGUGCCCGGCAGCCUCCCGUGGGACGGCUUCUUCCCCCCGUUCCUGGCCCUGCCGCCCGGCGCGCCGCCGCCCUGGCCAGCGGCGCCGAUGGGGCCGCCCGCGGGUCCCGAGCCCGGCGCGAGGAAGAACGCCCGCUCGCACUCGGAAUCGUCGAGCGAUCCUUCCGUGCCACAGCAGAUCCGCCUGCAGAUGCAGGGCGGCGAGCCACCCAUGCUCGUGCCGCCCGCCGCGGCGCCGCCCGUGUGGCCGCCCGGCCUGGCCAUGCGCCCCGGCGAGGGACUCGCCGCGCAUCUGCAGGGCCUCGCGCUCGAGGAGCAGGCGCCAUCGCGCGCCGAGUCGGCAGACGACGACGAGAUCCCCGCGCGCGACGACGCGGACGAGGACGUGUUUGGCAUGUCGCCCGACCCGCGUCCCUCGCCGCUGGUGGAGCGCGCCGCCCCGUAG